GUUCUUUGUUUUGUCUUGCAGUUCUGCUUGCCCAAGGUUGUGAUGAUGUCUGCACCCACUCAACUGCAUGUUAUUAUUGAAGAGACUAAAGUUCACAAGUUGACACUACUAGAUGGAAUCCCUAGCACAGUAGAUGAACUUUUGGCAGCUGCACAGGAUCAUUUUCAACUCCAAGGGAGUCCUUAACUCCAUGUACAUGGACAAAGAUUUUGAUAACCAAUUCUUCACUCUAACAUCAACAGAUGUAGUUAAGGACAAAGACACAAUCAAACUAGUUAAAACAGAAGAACCUUCUGUUUUUCUUACAUUGACUCCCAUCAAUGAGGUUGCUGCGUCCCCCCCUCCAGUGUCACUGGAUUUGUCUUUCCAGGAUGACAGCAUCAUUUUACCACAGCCCUCAGAGUAUCGAUCAGAACCAACUAAUUUUGUGGUACCCACUUUUCAUUAUAAUAUUGAAAUGCUCCUUCAAGCAGGAAAUAAGGCUUAUGAAAGUGAUGGCUCGCUUCUUCAGAAUCCAAGCAUGAACUCUAACAUACUCAAGAAACUUGCUGAAGCAAUAUUCCACUACACUGCCUAUCCUACUGGUCUUCACAUACUGGCAGUUGUAGAAGCUCUGAUAAAAAAGCAUCCAUGCCUAAGGGAGCCCGGAACCUCAUUCUCAGGCUUGUACGGGUGGCAGCAGCGUCUUAAAUACAAGAUGGCUAAUUACCGUUCUAAAAUGAGAAGGCUUGAUGUACCUUGCCCUGAGCUUGAUAUCAACUCCUUGAAAAGGAAAUCCCCUGGUGAAAAAAAUCCUGCCAAAAAUUGCAAGAGACCAAAGAGAGCAGAGGUGAACUACCUUCCUCCACAUCCAAGUGGAGAAACGAACAACAGUCUGGAGAUGGAGAGACAGGAGCUUCUUAAGGAAGUGAAAAAGAAGAACAACACUAAGGUGAUUCAAGAAAAAAUGGCAAAAACAUUCUCCUGUCGAAGGCUUGAGGUAGUGAGUGGGAGUCCUGCUGCUGGCGACUUUCAACAGAGAUGGCCUGCUUUGUUUUGUGAAGCUGAGAUAAAGGAGGAAUUCAGGAGGAUUACUACAAUUUCCCUGGAGCAAACCUUCAUGUACAAACUCGACAACUUCACACCAAAACUUAUUGCCCUGAUGAAGGCCAAGGGAGGAGUCGUGGGGACCAAGCUGAGGCCAUUCUUGGACAAACUGAGUCAGAACCAAAGCAUCGAGAUGAGACUUGAAGCUAUUAUCCGCAGCCUCAUACUCUACCUUGGUGAGAAAGAAGAGGAACUUUUUGAAGAUUGCCUGGAGGACAACCGCAGUGAUGCCACUCAGCACAUCCUCAAGAUCCUGGUGGUCCAUGGUGAUGAUGGAGAGCACCCAGUGGAUGUGUCCAUCAUGCUUGAAGGCAAGAAGAUGCUGCCAGGAUGUGCCGCUAAAGCUUGUACGCUGCUAAUGGGGCUCAUUUAUGCCCUCAACCUUGCUUAUCCCCCAACACUGCGCUACACUUUUGAGGUAUUUCAGAAACUGUUCCUGGAACUGGAUGGGAUUAAGCUGUCUCCAAAAGUACAAGCCUUAAAGUUAAAGCUGCUGUCUUAAAUGCUGUACAGUUCAACUUGUCCCUGGUCAACUAUUUGUGGGAAGUUGAAGUCUUGCACAGCAGUUUAAUAAUCCGUCAGGAAACGAACCAUAUCAGACCCCAGGCACCAGGAACUGCGGCCAUCCUUAAGUCUCCUAACGUUACCGGUGUUCGUGCCAGAAAUCUCUAGCUGCCUACAGUUAAAUUUAGACGACCAAAGGUGAGUGUCCUGUGGUGACGAUAGCUAAGUUUAAGUACCAAAACAACUAAGAUUACAAAAAAGUGAUGGGGGCGAUCAUUCCGGGCAGCUGGGAGAUCUUCUGCACAACAACGGCCAUCGGACGUCUCUGCCGCCCCGGAGAUUCUGCCAGCCAUUCCCACCCACACCCAUGAAGUAACAUUAAAGGUCCCAUGACGUGGUGCUCUUUGGAUGCUUUUAUACAGGCCUUAG